UUAAGUUUUGAAAAAAAGGAAAUUUUAGCAUACAAUUAAAAUAAGAAAAUAUGCAUAUUACAACUGCUUUUUGUAUUUUUUUGAAAAUUAAGGAAUCUUUUAAAGAGAUUCGAAGAGGACGAAAUUACGAUAAAAAUGAAUCCAAAGUUUGUAACAGGUUAAAAGUGAUAUUCAGUUGUACAAAUAUCACGUGUGUCACAAAAUAUCAAAAUAUUUCAAGUAUUUAAAAAUUUUAAAAAUGGGAAAUUUGCUUACUUAUCCAUUCCCAUAUCUCUAUAAAAAAAAACAGGAAUGGCAGGAAGAUAAGUAUGUCAAAAGUAUUUAUGCACUAGAUGUCAAAAAAAUGAAAGAAAUUUGGUCGAUUGUAGAGAGGGAUAGCAUGUAUUAUGGAUUUGCACUAUGCACAAUAAUUUUUGAAACUCAUCCAGAAUACGUGAAAUAUUUCGAAGAUACAUCACUUCCAUAUUUCGUUCAAGAAGCAAAACUUAAAAAAAAAUUUAGGAAUAUAUGCGAAAUAUUGUGUGCUUUAUUUAUAAAUUAUGACAAUACAUCAAUGAAAAAUGAUUUUCUCGGCUACAUUGCUAUGAUUCAUAAAGAUAUGGGAUUAACAAUUUUUGAUUUCGAAGUUUGUUAAUUUUUAUGUAUAAAUGCAAUAAAAAAAAAUUAAAUUAAUUAAAUUUCAUUUACAGAAUUUCACAUCAAAUGUAUUAGAUAUGUUAAUACAAGAGUUUCCACACCUAAUGACAAAAGAAUUCAUUAUCACGCAAAAAAUAUGUUAUAACGAUGUAUGUAGGUUGUUGGUAAAAUUUAUAAACAAAAAUUCUAGAAAGAUAAUUGAAAUGCAAAAUGUAUCACAUACAUCCAAAAAAGUAUGCUCUUUUUUUGAAAGAUCUUAUUAUAUUAUUGUAUCAUCUUAUCUUAUUUGUCAUAUUGUAAAAUUAAGGGUGAACUUUGAAUAGUGUUUUAAAGGUGAAAUAGAUCCAAUGUCACAGAUUCUUCACGGAUAUCCAUUAAGUCAUUGGGAAUCUAGAAAACGAUAUUGGAUCGAUAAGAGAAAUUUAUGGAUGUCAUUGGAAUCAGAUGCGAUUAAUUUUGAUCAUUAUAAUGUACCAAAAGAUGACAGGUAUUUUAACGAAAAAAAAA